AUGGACAAUGGCACCAUGUCUCCGGAACAGACCAACGAGGGUCAGAAGCGUAAACGCACAUCUUUGGCGUGUGACCCUUGUCGGUAUCGUAAAGUGCGAUGCGAUGGCCGUCGGCCAUGCACGACCUGCAGUCAAGUAGGCACGGACUGUAUCUAUGGCUCCGAGGCCGUCAAUAAGAGCAAAAGCGACAUGAUUCUGGAUGUUGCCAUUCGCUCCGAGACUCUUUUACAGGAAUUGUCGGCUCAAUUGUCACAAGUGAGGUCGAUGAGAAAGCGAAGCCCAAGUCAUGGGGGCAGUGUGAAAUCGCCCCAGACGGGGAUAUCCCCAAGUAUCACAAGCGACAUAAAUCGCACAGGGGAACGAAUGGACCACAUUUCCAACGCAACGCUCUCCCCAUUUCAUGCCUCGACGACAGAGUCCAUUCUGGCAUGGCCCCAAUUUGCCGAGUUCGGCAAUUUAAUUCGAGGCAAGAGUGUUCCAGUCUUUCGACUGGAGCAGAGCCGAGCACCGCUGUUACCGCGGCCUUCCACUGUAAUGCCUUUUGUAUCGAAGCAAGAAGUGGUGCGAAUCGUGCAGUCCUUUGAACGUGGCGUCAAUUUUUGGUAUCCCACGAUGGCAUGCGGCUUGAUAGAAGAUCUGCGGGCUCGUGUCAUAGUGGCCAACUUUGAUGAUGGUCACUUGCGCUCUUGUUUGUCGUUAUUGGUGAUGGCUUUGGGCUGUGCUUGUGAGCUUGUCGGAUCUCUGUCAUUUUCCCAACCUCCUCUGCCAGAUCAAAUUGACAGCCAAAAUCAUUGGCGACAGUUGGCCGACUCGUACUUCGAUUGCGCCUUCAAGAAGGUACAAGCAGCUCACACUGAAUUUUCUGCCGAGGCGGCGCUGUGCUUAUUCUUCACGGGGUUAUAUUUUUCCUACCAACAACGACCGCUGCAGGCCUGGUCGUUUAUCAGCGCGGCUGCAACAAAAUGUCGACUCCUUCUGUCAUACGAGAUACCCACCGAAGAUCCAAACCAGAUGGAAUGCCUUCGUCGCAUCUUCUGGUCGUGUUACAUACUUGAGAGUCUUCACCACAGCGACUUUCUCGCCGAAUUGGCUGGUCUGCCUCAGACGGGUAUCGCUGACAUUGAAUCUUCGAUUCCACUACCUGGCAAUUAUCCUACGCAAGAGUCCAAAAUCGAUCAAGAGCAAUCCUCACUCUACUUUCUUGCAUGUAUCUCUAUGCGACGCCUACUGAAUCGCGUUCAUGAUCUUCUAUAUGCGCGCGAUGUCGGUGUUGGGUUCGACAACAAUCAGUUCCCUUCGGUUGUCUCCGAACUGGCCUUUCAAUUGGACGAGUGGAAAGACCUGCUGCCCUUCCCCUUCCAAUUCACGAUUGACUUGGAACCCACACGUACCGAGGAAGGUGCAUUCUUGCGUCAGCGAUACUUGACUUGCAAAAGUGUCAUUUAUCGACCCUACCUCACUUGGGCCUUGUCUAACGGCGAUGCCAUCGAGGGAUGUCCUCCUGUUGUCCUAGAGGGGUCUCGGCUGUGCCUUCAAUCCUGCUGGAUGCACGCACAGAACCUGCGCAGUCUCCGUCAUACGAUUAUGGUCGACACGUGGAUUUGCUCUCUCUCCAUGGCAUCCGUGAUUCUCAUCACGUUAGCUGCAUCGAGAGUACGCGCACUUCACCCACUCAUUGCACCUGAAGUUGUCGACAUCGGACCACACCUUAGCAAGUGGCUGACCCACUGGUCACGCAUACCGGGGGCUUCGAUAUCGCCAAGCAUAAGUCAGAGCAUCGACCUAAUCGACAAUGUUUCCAAAUUGCUGCAAUUCACGUUCAGGGAUGAGCGGAAUGAGAAACAGGUGGGCAGAUGA